GGGCGGAGUCCGGCCCCGCCGCUCGCCUCGCACCGGUGCUCCCCCGCGAGAGGCGGUGCCCGGGGCGGUCCCGCGGCGCGUUCCGGGUCGCGGUUGUCGGCGGCUUCCGGCGGGGCGAUGCCGCCGUUCGGGUCGGGGCUGCUGGUGCUGACGGCUCCGCUGGGCGCGCUGCCCCGGCGGGCGGCGGCGGCGCUGGCGGCGGCGGCGGGGCUGGUGGCGGGGCCGCUGUACGUGCACCUGCAGCCGGGGCUGCGCCUCGCCGCGGCCCCGCCGCCGAGCCCCGCGGCCCCGCCGCCCGCCGGCCCCGCGCUGCUGCGGGCUCUGGCCGCGCUGUACGCGGCGGCGGCGCGGCGCGGGAUGGACCUGCGCGUCCUGCUGGGCCCCGGCCGCCGCCUGGCCCGGCCGCCCCGCGUCCUGCUGCUCCCCGCCAACGAGGCGCCGGGGCCGCCGGGGCCGGUGCAGCUCGGGCUGCAGAGCCUGGCCGCCGCCGCCUACGGCUGCCCCCCGAACCUGCCCGCGCUGCUGCUGGGGGACCCCGCGGGGGACCUCGAUGGGGACCCGGAGGAGGACCCCGAGUGCGACCCCGAUGCGGCGCUUCCCACCUUCUCCAGCGUGGCGGUCGGUGGCACCUUUGACCGCCUCCACGGUGCACACCGCCUCCUGCUCAGCACUUGCUGCCUCCUGGCCCGGGACCGGCUCCUGGCCGGGGUGGCCGACGGUGACCUGCUCCGCCACAAGGUCCUGAUGGAGCUGAUCGAACCGUACGAGCUGCGAGUGGCGAAGCUGCGCGAGUUCCUGGAGGACGUGAAGCCGUCGCUGCGCUAUGACAUCGUGCGGCUCCUCGACCCCUAUGGCCCCACCAUCACUGACCACGACCUGCAGUGCUUGGUGGUCAGCCAGGAGACCCGCCGGGGCGGGGAGGCCAUCAACAAGCAGAGACUUGAGAAAGGGCUCCCCGCGCUGGCUCUCCACGAGAUCAUGCUGAUGCAGGACCCCGACCACAGUGAGAACGAGGAGGACAAGAUCAGCUCCUCCAGCCUGCGGCACCGGCUGCUGGGGACGCUGCUGCGGCCCCCACGGCAAGACCCUGCCUUGCCUUCGCGCCCGUACGUGAUCGGCCUGACUGGAGGAACCGGGAGUGGGAAAACGUCCAUCGCCAGGCUCCUGGGGCGCCUGGGAGCGUUCCUCAUCGACGCCGACAAGCUGGGCCACGCUGUCUAUGUCCCCGGGGGCCCUGCCUACAAGCAGGUGGUGGCGACCUUUGGAGCAGAAAUCCUGCAUGAAGAUGGGACAAUCAACAGGAAAGUCCUUGGGGCCAAAGUGUUUGGAAACCAGGAGCGGCUGAAGAGUCUCACAGACAUCGUGUGGCCCGAGAUAGCCCGGAUGGUGAAGGAGCAGAUCAGGGAGGCAGAAGCUCAAGGAAAGGCCGUGUGUGUGCUGGACGCUGCCGUGCUGCUGGAGGCUGGCUGGCAGGACAUGGUCCAUGAGGUGUGGACGGCCGUCAUCCCAGAGGACGAGGCCGUGAGGCGCGUGGUGGCGCGGGACGGGCUGAGCGAGGAGGCAGCUCGCGGCCGGCUGCGGAGCCAGAUGAGCAACAGGCAGCGCGUGGAGCAGGCUCAGGUUGUGCUGUGCACGCUCUGGGAGCCGGACAUCACCCGCAAGCAGGUGGAGAAGGCCUGGGAGCUCCUGCAGCAGCGCCUGGGCCAUGACCGCAACCCGUGACCACCGUGCUCCUCCUGCCCGGCCCGUGGAGCCCGCACCGGAGGGUCCCGUCCUGGCACCGCCGGGGAGGAGCGCACCCCCCCUGCCCCAUCUCGCCCCGCCGACGGCCCGGGGGGGCUCCUGCCGGCCCCUGGUGCAGGGACACGGCGGCGGCUCCUGGGGCUGAGCCCGCGCCCGUGCCCGGCCCUGUUCCACAGUAAAGAAAGAGGCUUCUCCCUCCGAGCGGUGCCCGCGCUGCGCCCGUCCCCGGGGGCCGGGGGGGGUACCGGGGCCGGGGGGGGUACCGGGGCGGGCGCCCCCUGGCGGUGCGGCGGAACGGGGCGGACUGCGUUUCCCGUUGUCCCUCGCGGCGGUCACAUGAACGGGGCGGGCGGAAGAUGGCGGAGCCGCCCGGCGCCGCGGCCGAGGACUCGUGGGGGAAGGUGGGAGCGGGGCCGGGGCCGGGGCCGGGCGGGGGUUCGGGGCCGGGGCGGCGGGGCCGGGGCGGGGCUGGGUUGGGGGCACCGGGCCGAGGGUAACGGGCCGGGUGAGCACGAGGGUCAGGGCCAAAGGUGACCGCGCACGGCCCGGGGCGGGAGGGGCGGGAGGUGCUCCCGCCCCGCUCACGUCUCUGCUCCCGCCGGCCCCGCACAAGGUGGACGCAGCGUACGGCGACAAUGGCCUGGACUCGGCGCUCUUCAUGGAGAACGCCCGGAAAAGCAGCAUCGUGUCCCGGGCCAACAGCAUCGGCUCCACCAGCGCCUCCUCCGUCCCCAACACAGACGAUGAGGACAGCGAUUACCACCAGGAGUCCUACAAGGAGUCGUACAAGGACCGGCGCAGGCGGGCGCACACGCAGGCAGAACAGAAGAGGCGAGAUGCCAUCAAGAAAGGCUACGAUGACCUGCAGGCCAUCGUUCCCACCUGCGAGCAGCAGGAUUUCUCCAUAGGCUCCCAGAAGCUGAGCAAGGCCAUUGUUCUCCAGAAAACCAUUGACUACAUCCAGUUCCUGCACAAGGAAAAGAAGAAGCAAGAGGAGGAAGUUUCUACCCUCAGGAAAGACGUGAUGGCCUUGAAGAUCAUGAAAGCGAACUACGAGCAGAUUGUGAAAGCUCAUCAGGACAACCCGAACGAGGGGAAGAACCAGGUCUCCGACGAGGUGAAGUUCAAUGUGUUCCAAGGCAUUAUGGAUUCCCUGUUCCAGUCCUUUAACGCCUCCAUCUCGGUGACAAGUUUCCAGGAGCUCUCGGCAUGUGUCUUCAGCUGGAUUGAGGAGCACUGCAAGCCCCAGAUGCUGCAGGACAUCGUGAUCGGGGUCCUGCACCAGCUCAAGAGUCAGCUCUAUUGACCUCCUGCAGCGCCCUGGCCCCGGAGCUGCCACCUCCCGCCCAGGGGCCGCGGUGAUGGGCGCCAGCAGGAGCUGGGCCAGCCCCUCCGGCUGCUUUUAAAGCUUCUCUGGAUUAUUUAUUGUAUUAACUACAAACCCAACCCGAGCACAGUUGAGAUCACCAAAUAGUUGUAGGGACUUAGCAAAAGGGGGGUAAGUUAAGUGUGGAUGGAGCCGAGGUGCCCCCCCUGUAUCUGCCCCCAGGUUCCCAGCUCAGGCAGUUGUGGGGUUUGCCUGGGCCACCAGUGCAGCAGCUCUGGCCCCUCAGGCCUCUGCCACAACCCCUCUGCUCCCAGGGACGGGGAAAUGAGACAAGAACAUGUGAAAAGCUGUUGGUUUCUGUUAAAGAGGCUUCUCCCCUUCUCGGGGCUUUCUCGUGCCCCCUCUGAAGCAGCCGCUAUGGGGCAGGGGUUGUAUGUUGUGGAGUUGCAUCUGGCUUCUUUCUGGCUUCGCGUUUUGAUGUGGCCACACUCAGCAGGAAAGCAGGUGAGUAGCUGGAGGCAGUCGCUCACUGCUGCUCCUUCCAUCCCCACACCACAACCAGCCUGCGUUUGGUUUGAUGAAUCCGUGCAAACACCCUGAAGCGUUCCCAGCGUCACUUUGCAGCCACACUCUGACACUCUCGAACCUGCCCCACGCUGCUGCUGUCAGGGGGGUCGUGGCUCUGGCCACACAAAGGCCUCGUGUGGAGGAGCUGCUGGUGGUUGGUCACCCCCUGGGGGCUCCUCCGGUGGGGUCUGUGCUCUGUGACCAUGUUUUGCUCCCACUCCAGGCUGGUGGGUGUUGAUUUCACGCUGGGUGUCCAUGGGGUGAUGCUCGGCUCCAUGGUUUCAAUGCAUGGGAAUGUUUCAGUUACAGCUUCUACCCCAGGCAGUGGUGGAGAAUGGGGGUCGGGGGGUGAUUUUGAUACAGAAUCACUCUUCAACCCCUGCCUUUGGGGCAGUGCACCCCAAGGGCAGCCCCCAGGUCAAGCCCUGCAGUGCUGCUCAUCACCCCGAGCACAGGGGCAGCCCCCGCUGCUGGGUGUGGAAGCAAACUCGGGGUGCACAGGUUGGGGCUCGGGGGCUGGACAUGGGGCAUGGACAGAACCCCUGGAUUUGCUCCUGCUGCAGGAGGAGGACGUGGAGUUUCACAGACCUCACCUGUGAAAUCACCUAUUUUUUCUAUUGUGAAAAGUAAUUAAGUAAAUUUUGCUGAAUGUUUUAAUGA